CGACACUUAUAAAGAUACGAAAGAAUCUAUAGAGCCAAAACCAAAUACCCACGACGAUAACAGUGCCACUUUUGAUAGCACUGACGAAACAAUGAAAUUUAUCAUUAUGACAACUACGCCCACACCGAUCCAGCCAGCCGAAAUAGUUAAAGACACUGCUGCGAAGGUCGGUGUCAAAGUAGUAACUGAUAUAAUUGAAUCUGCGGCAGGAUUCAGAGACGCGCUAGAGUACGAGACAACGGAAGGUCUCGUAGCCCUCACCACACCGGCAGCGUCUACUUAUGUCAAUGCAGACCGAUAUUAUUUGAAUAAUGCCAGCAACAAGCCACAAAAUUUAGAAUACAACUUCCUCAGUCCACCGGUGCCAGAGUCCGAGGGUGACACUGAGAAUUCAACGGCUGACGCACCGACACUGUAUGAGUUUAACAAUUUCGACGGUGGCAGUAGUACAGCACAGGGAAUUACUAAUGCGACACCAAAUUCUAUAGAAACGUUCGGCGACUUGACACAAACCGAGACAACUACAGUGAGCGCAGCAUCCACGUUGGCACAAGAUACUAGCGCUCUGGCAGAUUUGUAUGCAAAUAUUGUGGAAAAACUGCUUUUUCCAGCGCAAGAGGAAACAACAACAGCAAGCAGCACAACAACAACGUCAGCUAAAGCGCCAACGGAGACAUCAACUUAUCCGCCGAUAGUGGAUGAGGAGAUACUGGAUGUAGAACAUCAAGCAACCAAACUAUUGCUGGCUGGUGUCAAAUUGACAAAACACAGCAACGACGAAAAAGAUGAGAACACACUGAAAGCAAGUGGCUCAUAUAGCGCUAUAUUGGAUCCAACUUACGGCGAGGGCGGCGCGCUUUUCAUUCAUGUGGACGACGAUAUAGCAACAGAGAGCACUACAACAACUACUACAACAACUACUACAACGACAACGACAACCACCGCGCAACCGGAAACGAGUACAAGUGUAAUAGCAAGUCUGAGCGAAGGCGGCGGCUUUCAGGAGCGCAUACGGAAUUAUCGGCGCUUCGCUUCACAGCAACGCGGUAACGCGAAACCAUCAGUCAACGUGAAGCGCAAUCAGCUGCAAGUUAGCGGCAAGCUAACAACUACAACAACUAAAGCACCUAGCAGCAAUAGCACCACAACAACACGUAGUUAUUUGAAGCGCAUCGCCGCAAGCCGCUUGCGUUUGUCACGUCUCUCAGCGGCUAAUAAUCGCCUAGCCACUGCAACACCAAGUACGACAACUGAUGCGGCCACUGUUGAAUAUAGCAAUACCAACAACAACAGCGUUGAGUCAUCGCAAACAAGCAGGAAAAUCGCUGUACGGAAUAUAGACAAAGAGUUGGACAGCAUUGGCGGCGGUAAGCAUUAUGAUGCGCGCGGCAAUUCCUUUGACAGGGAUGGCGCAAACAAGCGCGGCACCACCAGCAGUCCAGCUGUAUUAGACGAGAGCAGCACAAGCAGCACGUCGCCGGGUUGGAAUGUAAAGCGCAAUAAUUUGCGGCGAUUUCAAGUGAGUCACAAGCCAACCACCGUUUCAACUACAACUGUAAGUCCGGGCCGCGCGCCAACUAAGGCGACGCGCAACAACGCGGCGCGCACGCGUAACCGUUUUUCAAAUUUUAAAACGCAGACAAGCUCUGCGACAACGACGACUGCUGCAACAACAACAACAACAACAACGACUACGCCCACUACGACUGCCGCACCGGCAACAGUGCAGUCAACGUCAAUUGCGCCCACCGCUUACUCACUCAGUCCUACACCAAAUCUUGAUCACAUACUAAAAUCCUUCACUUCUUCUAUUUCCUAUUCAACUUCCACUUCAACUAAAGAUCAAUCACCCUUGAGCAUUGCUGAACGACCAACCACUUUUGGGGUGGUGGAAAAUGUUGAUGCAGCUCAAACUUAUCAAAUAUACGACUUGACUUCCCCGUCUGCCUCUGCUUAUACUUCUACACCUAUAUCUGCUUACGAAUUUCCCUCCAUUUCAACCACUUCUUCUUCCCCCAUAUCUAUCGACACACAUGCCGAUGACUCGGCAACAUUUCUCGAUUUCGAUAAGUUAACACGCGCCAUUGUUGAUGAUUCCGUCUUACAGAAUUUCCGCACUCAACAGCUGUCUAGCCGACCGUCCACUGUCUUUCAGACAGCGCCAGUCACCGUCGCGCGUUCACUGUCAGCGAACAGUAAUGAUCGUGCUGUGGGCAACUCUGUACCACAGAGCUAUAAUAAGCUGACGCCGCAAGCUCCCGCUCAGCUAACGUCUCCACAGCGCUCACAACAAUUGCCACAGAUUGUCCAACAGCACACACCCCCCACAUCCCCUGCACCGCGUAUUAUUAUUGCGCGCGCAGAAGGCCAGCGCAUAGCACCGAACUCAGUGUCAUCGAUUAUAUCGGCGCUGGCGACGCAGCCGCCACCCAAGACCACGCCGCCUUCGUCUUAUGUGGCGCUGGACGACUUUCUUACGAAGAAGUUCGGUCAAACCGCGCCGGGUUAUACCAAAAUGAAUGCUGCAACGAAGCAGGCAAUAAACUAUAAUAAUCAACAACAACAACAAUAUAAGACAGCACAAAGUCCGCAACAGAAUUAUUAUCAAAAAACACAACAAACUCAGCCGCUCUACAACCGCGCCGCAACGCAGGAUAUACAAUUACAGGACCAAAAACAACAACAAGCGCAACAAUCUGCACAACAGCAGCAGCAAAAAUUUAAUCAGCAAUUUCAGCAGCAACAACAACAGCAAUUACUACAACAGCAGCAACAACUUCAACAACUGAAAUUCCAGCAGCAACAACAACUAGAAUUUCAGCAACAGCAGCAGAAAAUACAACAACAGUUACAGCAACAACAACUACAACAGCAGCAACAAUAUGCGCGACAACAACUUAAUGAGCAGCAAUAUUUUCAGAAAUUCGCAAAGUCAGCAACAACAAAAGUAAGCCAUGCGCAACAACAACAACAGCAGCAACCCUUGUGGCAACAAAAGCAGCAACAACAAAUACUUUCGUAUCAGUCAGCGCCGCAGCAGAAGCAAUACUCACAGCAAAAACAAACGUAUCUGCAGCAAACACAGUCGCAAAUGCAACAACAACCAACCACAGCGACAACAAAUCCAUUUAAUUAUGCACAACAACAACAGCGUUCUCAACAAUCCACAUCGAACUUCUUCACUAACUUCCAGCAACAACAACAACCACCACAACAACAGCAGUUUUCACAAUUUCCGCCAUUCACCAGCUCAGUUGGUGCAUCGCAAUCACAGCAACUGUUAUUUGACGAACUCAGCAAUAGCAUCGUGCCGCCCGAACAUGACCAUCAUCUGAAUAUACAAUUGCCGGCGCUCACCGCAGGUCUCAUACCGGCGCCUACAGCAACAACAUUCACAGCGCAACGUCGCAUGGAUGUCGUAGACGCUGCUGAAAAUGAAAACUCUAGUAUUUACAACGAGCCGGGUAGCAGCAGCAGCGCCUAUAAUGGUGUCAGCUCAUAUGACGUGCCGUUGAGCAGCAUCGGUCGACUGCCGAACGACAUAACACAUCUACUGAGGCGACUACGCAAAAUCAAAUAAAAUUACCCAACUACCUCCACCAGCCGCCGCUGUUGCCAUAGCAGAAAUUAGUAGCUAGAAAAAAAGUGAUGCAGACUAUGCUCGGUAUAUGUGUGUAGUAGCUAGUUAGAUUUACUCAGUUAAGUAGCGAUUUUUGCCUCACAAUUAUUUUACGUUUACGUGUUUUCUAUAAUCUUCGCUAACUGAAUCCUUUUUCCUUUCAUCUAAAUUAUUAAUUUUCUAUUGUUUAUAUUACUCACUAUCAUGGUUUUAGUUCAAUUAUAAGUCGGUACAAAAACCCAUUACUGCCAUUAAAUUUAAGCUACUCUAUUAUUUUAUAAGUACAUUCGACUUUGUUCGGUCGUCGGAGCGAAUAAUUGUAGUUCUAUUAUUUAUUUUUAUUGAAAUAAACGAAUUAGUAAAACUUGAAAA